UUCCAUCAAAACAAGCAUACGUAUGUCGAUUUAGCCAUUGGAUUUCUUUUUUCAUUGGUGAUCCAGAAAAUCUGCAUCGGCGGUAAUUGUGUGUAUUUUUAUCGGGAAAAAUUCAAUUUGAAUAAUGGCACAAAGAAAACGUAACAUUGAAUUUGCUAAACCAGAAGAGCCAUCAUUUUUGAAAAAAAUGAAAAAUCAAAUGGGCAUCCAGAAGGAUUUUGUCACCAUCGAUACAAAGAAAGAAAAACUUGACAAAAAAGAUUUAGAAUAUCGUGAUGAAGAACCUGUUUAUGUGGUGGAAGAAUCAUCCGGAAUUACUGAAAAAGAAUUGGAAAAUUUCAAAGAACAAACAAAACAAGAAAAAGAAUUCAAAAAAGAUGAAGAAUUACUUGAACAGCGAAUAAUUUUUAAAAAACCAGAUAAAUCAAAAAUCAACGAUAAUGAUGAUCAACAACAAGGCUCAACAUCAACAUUUCAAACGACAAAGAAAACAAUAAAUUCAUCAUCAUCAUCAACGAUGAAUUUUCGUUCGAAUUUGAUGAACAAAGAUAAGAUUAAAAAGGUAAAAAAUUCCAGUCUUUUAUCAUUCGAUGAUGAUGAUGAUAAUGAUGAAGAUUAAGCGAUUAAUUGUCAAAUAUUUGUCAUUGUAUAAACC